CAAGCUUUCUCGGGUGAAAGGCCACGUUUUUUUUCAGUAUCCUUUAUUACUACCUAUUCUAUCUCUCUUUCUUUACCUCUUUUGUAUACUCUUGUGUAUUCAAACCAUAGCUUCCUUCUUUUUCUUAUUUGAAAAUGGAGCCGCUACGAACUGUGAUUGCUCGACUUUUUGCGGAUGCUCAUGAUAGUACUGCACUGAGUCUUCCUAUUAUUGAAGGAGAUUAUCAAGCUUAUAAUGGGUUGUUCAGUCGGAAACCUCAUAAACGACGACGAGUUCAUUUAUUACAUCCGGAUUUAGGUCAGGAUUUCGCUACCUAUGACAAUUCUAUGAUUCCUAUACCUCUCCAUACAAGUCACUUGGACUACGACGCUUUAGUAAACGAUUUUAUGCGAGCUACUCAAUAUGGCAAUUUGAGCGAACAAUUGAAAGUGAUCCUAUUGAAAUAUCGUGAACCACCUUUUUUGUUAACAAAGACGAUUCGAUUAUUGAAAUUUCUGCAUCAGUUACUUCUUGUCGUGCCGAUCACUCCUAGAACGAAUACUGCGAACAGACCUACUUCUAAUACUAUGACAACAGGUAUCCAUGCAUCAUCAUCAUCCAUGAAACCCUUUCCUCUUGGACAAGUAUUAGAGGAUUUAACAUUAACACUUUCCUUACGUACAACUUCCCAACAACAGCAACAACAACAACAACAACAACAGCCACAGCAACAGCAAAACAACAUCAUGAAUACUACAAUUAUUUAUUCUUCUUGGAUCAUCACUCUUCAAUUUAUGUUAUCUUGUUUACGUAAUCAUAGUCCUCAGCAUCUUUACAACGCUGGGGUGACAACUCCAGUUAUUCUAGGUAUCAUCAAACACAUUUUACUUGAGUUGACGAGAUUACCUCCCAAUAUCAACAACAACAGUGAUGAUAACAAUAUCAACAACAACAGUGAUGAUAACAAUAUAAAUGUUCUUCAAAAGACUUGCUUUGAAACUGGUCAAGAAAUUCUUGAAUUAUUUUUGGUCCGACCUGAUCAUCAUCAUCAUCAUCAUCAUCAUCAUUUGAUAACAAGUAAUGGCAAUAAUACUAUCAAUUCCAGCAAUAUCAGUCAUUCUACAAUGUAUAGUUCAUAUCCUACCACUAUUGGAACUGUUUCUUACUAUGAUGUGAUAUAUUCGUUCCCUGAACUUUAUGGACAUUUUUUAAAUGCUGCAGCACCUCCAUCAUCAACGACACCUCAGCCUUCCAUUAGUUAUGCAAACAUAUGGAAAAUGACAUUAAGAUAUAUGAUUCUCUCCAUUCAACAAGAACCACGACUCUUGGAACGUAUUCCUACUGCCAUUGCCAUCAAUAUCAUCAAACAUAUUUUACGAGAAAUCAAUACGUUACCCUCAAACCUCACUACGAUACAAGCUCAAUGUUUGAACAAAGGCAAAGAGUUGAUUAAUUUAUUGUUGAUUGGUCCUUCUGGGGAUGGUGUAGGAGUCGUGGAGUAUUACGAUAUAAUUCUAGCGUUGCCUGAUGUGUAUGGUCAUUUUCUAAGGGGUACAUUCGCACAAAGUGUUCAUUGGACGAUGGAAAAAUUUAUCAAUGAAUUAGGAAAGCGAAGACGUCAUUUAGCUUUCUUGAUGAUGCCACCAGAUGCCUCUUGGCCUUUGAUAUCUCAACUUAGUCGCCGACAUGAAUUCAAUGAUUUGACAACACGUACAAGUUACCAUAUGUUUGAAGGAGAUUUGAUUGAAUUUGUGAAAGAAGGCAACUCCACUAAUAUUGAAACCCAUUUCCGAGAUAUGUUAUUUCAACGUGCUUCCAUGGAUGAAUUUCGCCAAUUAGCAAUGUCUUUGACUCAAACCGGUUUGGAUACCACGUUGAUUCGAAAAGCCAUGGUAUCAAAAGUUCAUGAUGUGAUACAAUGUAUUCAACAUUAUAGUUCCACUGAAAAACGUGAUUUAUCAGAAGAGGAUCGUACGCCAUUCCAUACGUCAUCGGCUUAUAUGGUUCGUAGUGAAGAUAUUAAGAUGGUUAUUCCGGAUAAUAUCAACCUGUGGGAACUGAUGACAGAAACAGCUGAUCAAUUAUAUAGUUUUGUUGCAGCAGACUUCUUUUCUUAUAGUGAUAUCUUGCAGGAUUUUUACAAUUUGAUUUAUAACGAAGAAAACGAACCCUAUCCUGCAGGUACCAAGAAUCAUGUAAAUAAGGAUAAUUCUCUUGUGUGGUUGAUUUUGCAGUUAUUUUAUAUUGAUCGUGUAUCUACGAAUGUGAUUGAAAAGGAUUUCGAGAAAGAUGAACGGUUAUUCGAAAAAUUGGUCAAACUAUAUAAUGAGGAUCAAAUGAUGACCAAAGAUGGAUUUUCAUUGCGUGAUUUAUCACUUCAAUGCGCGAUUAACCAUCAGAAGGAUAACAUCAAGGAUAUUACCAACAUUAAACAACGUCAUCCAGGGGUAGCAGCUUCUUUACGUUAUGCGGGAUUAUGCUAUCAGAUUCAAGCUUAUUUUAGUAAUCAUUAUCAUAGCAAUAUCCCUACCAAUUCGACACUUUUCCAAAACAUGAAUCUACAAGAAAUGACGGUGGUAGCUUUAGAAAGCCAACUCAGACAAGAUAUCGUCCCUUAUGCAUUAUAUGUCUACCUUGUACCAACCAAACCAGAUAUCGGCACAUUAGGUCAUCCUGCAGCCACUUAUGUCAAAGGUGGUACUUUGAGUUACAAGUUACUUGAUCUCCUUAGUAUCAAUGCUAAACAUCGAUUAUUACAAGUGAUUUAUAAGAUGAUGUUGGAUAGUGAACUAGGACCUCGAUAUCAAGCCAAUACACCUAUGGCUCCAACAGCUGGUGCGACUGGAUCCCCUCAGCCAUCAACGCCGCAACCACCACGAAAUAAUUCACCUUCUAUUAUUACAUGUGUACCUCCCUAUGUUCUUGACGUUGUCUACAAAUUACUUUAUAGUGCACCAUGUUCUGCUGAACUCAUGAUCAAAGAGAUUUUUGACAAGCUACGACGAUGUGACAAACUGAUCAAACUUCGACAUAGCAACAGUAAUCAUCCAUCAUUAGACUCAACCACAGCUACCACGAAAAGCGAUAUACCCCUCCCUGAUCAAACUAUGCGAUGGAUGCAUACGAUGCUUCAAUUGAUCAAUUAUCGUUUUAUUCGAUUCUUGAAAUAUUCGCCACUUUCUGCUGGUAUGUUCCAUUACGUCCGUUAUUCUAUCUCUUAUUUGGAACAUCGUCAAGUAUAUCAAGUCUUGGAAUCUUUUGUUCUGAACACAACGCGAUCACAAGUUGAUGUCAAACUCCUUCGGUCUUUGGAUGAUCCUAAUCGAGAAAAAUCCAUAUGGUUUGCAGAGUCUGAAAAACUGGCCAGGGCAAUGGUUUGUAACAUUGCUAGGCUUAUUAAAACAAGAGGUCAAGCUGAUAUAAAAACAGAGCAAAUCCAUCGUGUACUAUCUCAUUUAUACGAAUAUCGACUAAAAUGGUCGCCAGAAACAAUGCAGUACUUCCCUGAAGCGGUGCAAUCCUUUUAUAGAUUAGAGGAAGAAAAUGGUGUUACCAAUCCGCAACAACAGCCAUCAAAAUCAACAUCAAUACGCCCAUCAGUUGCUAUGGCGACGAUCAACCCAUUUGUUACAUCAAAUCAAGCAUUUAUUCACUUUUUACAACAAGGCAUUACCGAUAAUGAACGUGGUUUAUUGCAUUACUUCUCGACUUUGGAACAUCAUUCGCUUAUUCUAUGUUUAUUAUGGUUGUUUGGAUUUAUGAGAUCCUCCAUGGAUGUCUUUCAUAUGCCAAGUGUUCGAAAGCUAUUGCUGUUAAUACCACCAUCUAGAAUGUCUACUUGUGUUAUCGACUUUGUAGACUUUAUGUUAUCGAUAGAUUAUUCACAUACUACAUUGGCUUUGCCUUUUCAAUUGUUGGAUACGAUGAUAUGGAAACAUCAAUGGGUGAAUUUUAAUGAUGUGAUCUUGGCAUUACUCAAUGGUAACAAUACUGGCGAACGAGCUAUCAAAUCAUUCCAAUUUGUUCGUUAUCUUUUACUCCAAUCCAAUGAACUUGAGCAACGUGUAACCAAAUGGGAUUCCUUAAAAUUCAGCUCAAGACCAUGGACAGAGGAAAAUGGGUACGAUAAACUGGUAGAGUAUCAUCAAGCGUAUCCUGAAUAUUAUGAAUUUGAAGCAUUUGCUAAAAACAAUGGUCAAACUACCAAUCCUCUUUUGGAUCCUCCUUUACAAACUGCUAUGCCUAUCUAUCACACCAACGUCAUCAUCGAUUUUGUUACUUGUUUGGAAACUACCAUCUCACAUCUCAUUGAACACAAUCAGCCUUCACUUCUUGCAGAUAUUUUAGACAAGUAUGGCCAUCUCUUCCGUCACCAUCAAUACCCUCUCUCCUUUGUAUGCAAUAUCCUUUUGUAUUAUUAUUCUGCACAUACCAUUCGAGACCAUCCUUUGAUCGUGAAACGUAUUGCUAGAUUACUUGAUUUCGAUCAAUACGAUAUUGCUCCUGAAGCCAUUGCUUAUGUGAUGGAUGACAAUGCCGAUGGUCAUCAGUUUAAUGCUAGUUAUUUCGAUCGUGUUAUCUACAAAUUGUCUGGGAAUUUGAAUCCUCAAAAGUGUGCACCAAGAACAAAAUCCAGUCUUCCAGAGCGACAUUUCCGAGAAAUUGGUAGCCCAGCGAUUGAAGGCCUUUCAACUGCUAUUUUAGAAGUCAUGUUGACACCUGUUAAGCCUGAUAAUGUGAUCAAGCAUAUAUUGAACUUAACAUUACUUCGUGAAUCGCAUUAUGUGGGUGUAUCUGCUUUAUCUAUCCAUGCUGUGGGUUUACUUAUCUCAUCCUUACCGCCUGAAGCCUUUUUACGACCUGUUUUUGAAGAAUUGAAUCGAACUAUCAUGAUGGAUGCUAGCUUACUUGAGGUGUCUGAACCUUGUCGUUUGAUUCGCUGUAGUGUACCUAAACGAGCCAAUGGAAAAUAUGUCAUGUCUCAAUCACUACCUGAUUUGACAACUACUGCAGUAUUAAAGGAUUCAAUGAGCGCAAGAUUCCGUAAAGCCAUGAUGUUCCCUUAUAUCUUCAAUGAUUAUACCUUUAACCUUCACAACUAUAGCACCAAUGUUCCUAACACCUUCUUGACUUUAUUCCAUAGUAUUUUACAUUAUUCUAGUCUGGAUGGAUUUACUCUCUUUUUGGAAUAUUUGCGUUCCUUACGCGUUUCUGGAAAUUUACGCACUGAUGUUCAAUUACUUUAUGUCUGCUUCCUUCUUGGCCCUGCUUUGCAUCGUAUUGAAAAAUUGGAAACCACUGAUGCAGAGUUCAUGAUCGAACUGAUGAACAUUGUUAAACAAGUAACAGCUCAUAUGGAUAUGAAGGAUGGUUGGGUGACUCAGGCUCUUGAACAAGUAUUUGACUUUUUGUACCAUAUCAGAGCUCGAUUUGUCAAAUCACCUGAAUUAUCUAAUCAAUUGCGAGUAAUCAUCAAAUCAAUGAAUCCUCCUAUCUCUCAUCGAUUAUUACGACUAGUUACAUAGAUAAUGAUUUCUCUUUAAGCCUCUGUAGAAAAUAAAACAAUAAAACACUAUAUCAUCGUUU